ACAAUGGAGACAUUUAAAUAGACCAGGCUCCACAUGCAGCUCUAUUCAGCGUUUUUUCUUUCAAGCCUGAACCAAAAGACAACAAACAAGAGCCGCCAUGGUUGAGUGGUCUGAGCAGGAGCGCAGCAUCAUCACCUCCAUCUUCUCCAACCUGGACUAUAAUGAUGUGGGGCCCAAGGCUCUCAGCAGGUGCCUGAUUGUUUACCCCUGGACUCAGAGGUACUUCGCCAAUUUCGGCAACCUCUACAAUGCUGAGGCCAUCAAGACUAACCCAAACAUCCAAGCACACGGCACCAAGGUGCUGCACGGCCUGGACCGCGCUGUUAAGAACAUGGACAACAUCAAGGGCACCUACGCUGAGUUGAGCGUGCUGCACUCUGAGAAGCUGCACGUCGACCCCGACAACUUCAAGCUGCUGGCUGACUGCUUGACCAUCGUCAUUGCUGCCAAGAUGGGCUCUGGUUUCACCCCGGAGAUUCAGGCAACCUUUCAGAAGUUCCUGGCUGUGGUGGUGUCCGCUCUGGGAAAGCAGUACCACUAAAGACCCAGCAGCCUCCAGACCUGGGGAGGAGAUCUAACUUCUGUUCUGCAUGAGCUACAUCUCUCCUCUGUGGAGAAAUAAAAACCACAUAAAGCAAAAAC